AUGUUCCUAUGUCAACACAAAUAUAUCAGAGAACUACAACAAAAAUUUAAAAUGGACAAUGCCAAAGAAGUUGCCACACCAAUGGCCACCAAUGUCAAGCUGCAACUCAAAGAUGGAACUAGUUUAGUUGAGGCAUCAGAUUACAGAAAGCUCAUUGGUUCUCUUCAAUACCUCUCACUAACCAGACUUGACAUCACUUAUGCCAUCAACAAAUUAUCUCAAUUCAUGCAUUCCCUAACUCUUACUCACUGGUCAAGUCUCAAAAGAAUUCUAAGAUAUUUGAAAGGCACCAUUCAUCAUGGGCUGCACUUAAACAAACAAUCAUCUCUAAAAAUUUAUGCCUUCAAUGACUUUGAUUGGGCUAGAAAUCUUGAUGAUCGAACCUCCACUACUGUCUACAUAAUAUAUCUUGGAAUGGCAAGAUCUUCCACAGAAGCUGAAUAUAGAGCUAUUGCCAACACCACUGCAGAACUAAUCUGGAUCAAGAAUCUUCUCAAUGAACUGCAUGUCUCUUCUUCCUCCACACCAAUCUUGCACUGUGACAACAUUGGAGCUAUGUACUUAUUCCAAUCCUGUGUUUCACUAAAGAAUGAAGCAUCUAGCUCUUGA